UUUAGCUUCAAGAUGAUGGGAGAACCAGACUCCGAUAAACCAAACUCACAACUCCUGAAAAGAAGGAAGACUGGGAGUAACAUUCUUAGACGAUUGUCCCUUACUGGAAACAAGAAGAGGGAGAGUAUUAUCUAUAAGCAGAUGAAGGAUGAUGAGGAGGUAGAUGAAAUGCUGCUAGAUCCAGACGACGGGUCGAAUGUUCGCUUCAAACGUUCCAUCAUCCAGAUUAACAGAUCCUCCACCUCCACACCAAUAAAAGAUCCAGCUACAGAUAAGCCGGGACUAUUCCAGCGAUUCAGACAGAGUUUCAGACGUCGACCAGCUCAGAGGUCACACAGCAGCUCCCCCAACUCAGCAUAUGACCCACUCGAGUCCGAUGAGGAGGGAGACAAAGAGAAGUGUCUGACACCUGACAAUGAUGAUGACGUCAUAAAUGACGUCAUAGCAACAGAGGAGGCCGAGGAGUACCAGAACAAGAUCGAAACUAACGAGGAACACGAGAUUUUGUCAGAUCAUUCUAGUCCCAAUGAUUCAGUGGAAGGCCGGACAGCCUACAAGUUUUCAUCUCAAUCCACGCCCAACAGACCGAACUGGAAGCAGCGACUUUACAGUUCCUUCAGAAAGUCAAAGAAAAGCUCCCGCUCGAAAUCUAUAACCUCUGACACAGAAUCACCUGUACCCCUGAAGCGAAGGUAUUCGUUACCUACCUUCAAGCGGAAGAAGAAAGGGGUGAACUAUGAAGCUUUGUAACUUUUAAUAUGUGUCGUAGGGAACUUCAUUUCUGGACAAUUUUCUUGCACGUAAAAUCGAUGGGAUUGGCUUUUAGUUUGAGUUAUAUCACGGCAAACUUGGCGUGUUAUUUAAACGAGCUGAAAUUUUGUAUCAUCAAACGUGGUCCUGUUGGAUUUAUUGGAUUAAGCAAUAAAACUGAAAGAUCAAAACUUACAUGAGAUUAUCUAAAGAUCUUUGUUGUGUCAGAAUUUUGCUGUUUCAAAUGUUUUCCCGAAAGAUAAGAAACUAUAAAGUCACGGGAGUGGGGGGAAGAAAUACUUCUUAAUGAUUGGUCUGAUAAGAUAUAUUACAUACUUCAGAGUUUUAACACUAGCCAUUAAUAUGAGACUUAGAGCGAACAGGAGUUGAGUUACAAUGCAGCACUACAAAACGCAUGCAGUAUUACACUAAAAGAGGGCGUGGUCAGCAUGUGUGUAAAGAGAGGGAGUGAGGAGUGAGGAGUGAGGAGUGAAGAGUGAGGAGUGAGGAGUGAGGAGUGAGGAGUGAGGAGUGAGGAGUGAGGAGUGAGGAGUGAGGAGUGAGGAGUGAGGAGUGAGGAGUGAGGAGUGAGGAGUGAGGAGUGAGGAGUGAGGAGUGAGGAGUGAGGAGUGAGGAGUGAGGAGUGAGGAGUGAGGAGUGAGGAGUGAGGAGUGAGGAGUGAGGAGUGAGGAGUGAGGAGUGAGGAGUGAGGAGUGAUCGACAAGAUCCAUGUUUUUUCAAACAGGAGCCUAAAACACAUGUAAAUAUAUAAAGAUAUAAAUUCUGUACGUAUUUACAGACUUCAGGGCGUUCAAAUACUCUGACACGACAAGCACUGAUAGAUACGGCACAAUACGCUUUUAGGAAUAGUAUUAUUGCUGCUGACUGCUGAGGCUGUUGGAUGCACUCAAACAAGGCCAUAUAGCAGUCCCUCAAACUUUCAUGUGUUUGUGAAUAGCCCCUUAUCAUACCAGAGGAGUUUGGUACGGUACUGUACAGUAGUUGGUAGUAACCGGUACUGGUACUGUACAGUAGAUAGUAGUAACCGGUACUGGUACUGUACAGUAGAUAAUAGUAGUAACCGGUACUGGUACUGUACAGUAGAUAGUAGUAACUGGUACUGGUACUGUACAGUAAUUAGUAGUAACUGGUACUGGUACUGUACAGUAGAUAGUAGUAACCGGUACUGGUACUGUACAGUAGUUAGUAGUAACUGGUACUGGUACUGUACAGUAGAUAGUAGUAACCGGUACUGGUACUGUACAGUAGAUAGUAGUAACCGGUACUGGUACUGUACAGUAGAUAGUAGUAACUGGUACUGGUACUGUACAGUAGAUAGUAGUAACUGGUACUGGUACUGUACAGUAGAUAGUAGUAACUGGUACUGGUACUGUACAGUAGAUAGUAGUAACCGGUACUGGUACUGUACAGUAAUUAGUAGUAACUGGUACUGGUACUGUACAGUAGAUAGUAGUAACCGGUACUGGUACUGUACAGUAGUUAGUAGUAACUGGUACUGGUACUGUACAGUAGAUAGUAGUAACCGGUACUGGUACUGUACAGUAGAUAGUAGUAACCGGUACUGAGAACAUGGCAAGGGUGCAAACUGCAAACUUUAUAAGUUUAUAAUCAAAAUGGGGUUUUUUUUUGAAGAUUUAUACCAACUAAUGUUUACAACUUCUACCAAAUUUCUUCCUCAAGUAACGAAUAUUUUUCAAUAGCUGAGCAAUCGUUUUAAUAAGCCGGCACCAACUAAUACUUUGUGUACACUUACAAGUGUUGCUGAGUCAUAAUAUUUUAAGUUACUUAAAAACGUUUACCAAUUAAAGUUACGUAAUAAUAUAAAAUGUCAAUUUGGAGUGCUGUUGUUAAUUAUUAAAUGGUAAAGGUUUUUUUGUUGGGAAGCGGCUUCGAGUUUUAAUUGAUAAAUGUUUGAUUAAAGUAAUAAGUUAUAGUGUUAUUAUUAUCAUCAUCAUGAAAAUUUUUAUGCAUGUAAAAUUUACUCAAUUUAUUUAAGAUGUGACAAAUCACUAUUUAUGUACCUACUUAAGGUAUCGCGAAUUAUUAUUUAUAAGUCUUUAUAUUUUAAAUCAAAUUAAUUGAUGUUAAUGAGACAAUUAAAAGUUCCACAAUUAUCAAUGUCACGCCCUAGCACUGAUUUAACUAUAAAUUUUAGAAUAAGAGCAAGGAUGCAUAACCAAAGAUCAUUCGGCCAAUUAGCCGUCAGAGGAAUACCUCCAUACUGGAACCAAUUAUUUGUCGAGCAUUGCACAUACAGCCGGAAUGCUUGUUAAGUCUGCAAAUGUAGCAGAAGAAUUUGGAAAUAAUCGGCCACCCGUAUUAGAUCACGUUUUAAUAAAAAUUAAUGGGUUUGAUUGAAUACCAAUAAUAAGACAUUUUAACAGCAUCUCAAUCAGAGGGGACCUCUGUGUAUUGGAUUUUUAAAAUUAUCUUUUUGCAAACGACUUUCUGGUGUAACACUAAGUUUACUCUUACCAAGGCUAUCACAUUACAUGUGUUGAAACCCCACCAAGCCCUUCAAGCAUGACUUAACAUGUCCUGUAUUAAUAAGUCCGAUUCUCAGUACACAGACUCUAAAUUUACCGCCAAACUGCUCUCCGCUUGAAGUUCAGAUAUUAUCUGAAUUUAAAUCAGAGAGCGUAACGUGUGAUUUGUUUUGAUUAUUAUAUUGUACAAAAGUGAUGUUUUUGAGUUGUAAAGAAUGAUUAAGAUUGCCAAAUGACGGGCAGUGUCAAAGAAUAUAUAUUACUGGAAUACGAUUGUAAUUUAAAUGCAUGUUGUUUUUAAUUUCUUAA